CAUUCCAGAUAAACAAGCAUAGUUUCGCCAGGUUUUUGUAUCUUAUCUGUUUGGAAAGUGCAACGAUGUGAACUAUAUUUUGCAAGUGACAAUUGAAUAGAUAUUUGUAAUUGUCAGACGUUGUUACACGAAUAAUGUUCAGUUAAAGUUUUUCAACACACAUCGUUUAGAUCGAGAAUUCUUCGAAAAUUAGUUCCGUCUACGUAUUAACAAUUACUUUUUGAACGAACGCUGUACCUGUUCUAAAUAAAUCGGUUGGAGGUUUUCGCUCACAAAAUUAAUAAAAAUUUUAUCCAAUAAUUGGAACAAUACACUGUUCCCGGUGCACUUUUUUACUCGGUAUAAAAGAUUCAUUUGAAACGUGUACCGCUGACCAGAUCGUUUCAGUAGCACGAGCAAUAGAAGAAGAAGGAUUAAGAAAAUUACAAGGAAUCUCCUCCUUAUCGCUCACCAUAUCAGCUGCAACAGGAAAUCUCUUAAAUCUAUUUAUACAUGCCUAUUUAGAAUAGGAAUAGGACCCGCAGAAAAUCGUUUGGGAGAUUGUCAGUCUUGAGCUGUCAUCGUUAGCGGUACAGUGUCUCAGAUGAGAAUCCAUAGAAAGUGAUAGAUCAUCGGUUGUUAUCAAGUGUUAUUGUUUGUAAUAAAAAAAGGUGUUCGGAAUGGUGAAAAUCCGUAUGCCACACAACGUUGUUUACAUUUAGUUAAAUUGUGAGAAUCGUUUGAUGUGCAAAGUAGAACAUUGUAUUACUGAACUGGUUGAUUUAAGAAUUUCACAAAAAUGGUCAAACAAAUUACUGAAAACCCGUACGGUCAGUUCACCACGGAGGACUACUCGGUGUUUGUACUGAUGUUGAGCGUUUCGGUUGCCAUCGGUAUCUACUUUGGGUUUUUCCAGAAAAAGCAGAACCAAACUACGGAGGAUUAUCUUCUUGGUGGCCGGAAAAUGAAAACGUUUCCUAUUGCGGUUUCAUUGAUCGCCAGUCAGCUGUCUGGAGUGUCAAUCAUGUCUGUUCCGGCAGAGAUGUACUCUUACGGCGCACAGUACUGGAUAAUUGCACCAACCAUGAUUGUCAUCGUGUUAAUUAUUAACUACGUCUUCGUACCUGUAUUCUACAAUAGUCAAAUAACAAAUUGUUACCAGUACCUGGAAGACCGAUUCAGUCCGUCUGUGAAGAAGUUCGUCACAUUUACGUACGUCCUGAAUAUCUACCUGAUUCUACCGAUAUUCAUCUUCAUUCCCUCGCUGGCCUACGCUCAGGUGACGGGAACAAACAUUCACUUGAUCAAUGGGAUCGUGUGCUGCGUAUGCAUAUUCUACACCAUGCUAGGAGGCAUCAAAGCGGUUGUUUGGACAGAUGUUGUCCAAGGGGUUAUCAUGUUUGCCUCAUGCUUUCUUGUGGUGACGAUCGGUGUCUACAAAGUCGGCGGCUUUGAAGAAGUAUUUGCGCGAGCAGCUUCCGGUGAUAGGAUUAACAUAUUUGAUAUGACUUUUGACGCAACUACGCGGCAAACAUUCUGGACAGCCAGCGUGGGGAAUGUAUUUCUCUGGACAGGUUAUUUGGGCCUGAAUCAGAGCUGCGUCCAACGGAUGGUGGCAGUUCCGAGUAUACGACACGCUCGGACAGCUUUAUGGAUCUUCUGCGCCGGAUUCAUCAUCAUCACCAGUUUGAACUGUUUCACGGGGAUCGUCAUUUUUGCGAAGUAUUUUGACUGUGAUCCCAUUAAGGUGAAGCUAGUAGAAAAGGCCGAUAAACUGCUACCUUUCUUCGUUCAGGAUGUUGUUGGUAACUUGAAAGGGAUGCCCGGAGUAUUCAUUUCGUGUGUGUUCAGCGCUGGCCUAAGUACAAUGUCCGCUAACCUAAAUUCACUAGCCGGGAUUAUUUAUGAAGACUACAUACGACCAUACAAGUUGUUCAAACAUUCGGACGCAUCCGCUAACCUCAGCAUGAAAGUGUUGAUAUUAUUCUCGGGACUCUACUGUAUCGUGAUGGGUUUAGUAGUCGAACAGUUUGGACAUAUCCUUCAGAUGGUCGUGACGAUCGCAAGUGUCACGCAAGGUGCGGUAAUGGGAAUAUUCUGUCUCGGAAUGCUGUGGCCUUGGGCCAAUAAACAUGGUGCUCUCUGGGGUUCUGCCGCCAGCGUGAUCGGAAUGUCCUGGAUUAUUGCCGGUGCACAGUUCGCUAUUAAAAACGGGGAUCUCAGCUACCCACCGAAAUCCACAAGCACUGCAGGAUGCGCAGAAUAUGGCUUUAACAUAACUCAAGCAGCUAUGUUUGUAGCACCUGAAGAAACGGAUCCGGGAUUUUCGAUAUAUACAAUUUCCUUUGUAUGGUACUCCACAGUAGGAACAAUCCUGGUGUUUCUGAUCGGCAUACCUGUAAGUUACAUGACGGGAUCACAAGACUUGAGUAAACUGCAGUCUAAACUGAUUUCGCCAGUAGCACAUUGGCUGCUACCGGGCGAUAUGGUGAAUAGUGAACUGACUCUCAAAACGGAUGAUGAGAAGCAAGAGGUAACCCAGAUCAAGGAGUGGAUUUUCACACCAACUGACGAACAUGAACGGAGGAAACUUAAUGUACUGAACGAACAUAUUUUGUAAUCAUCUCAUAUUUUGCCUUCAUGUUAUUUUUUGUUGUAAAAGACGAGUAUUUGAGAGUAGUUAGAAUACUUUUGUGUGACACAUCUAUUUAAGAUUGUUGUGUUUAUCCUGAUAAAAUGCAAUUAAAGUUUAUGAAAAGUGUCCGAUUAUGCUCCAGUCUCCCUUAUAUUAUGAAUACCCCGGAAAAAUUUUCUGGGUACGCGCCUGAUCGUUACUUUCGAAUUUUACUAAAAAUCUGGUCGAAAACGUGCAGAAUCUAAGAUGAAGAUGAAGAAGAAGAAGAAGAGAAUAUGUUAAUAAUUCAGUUUGCUCUUUUUCAUUCAAUUACGAAAGAUUUUCACAUUUUACGAACAAAUUGUAAGUGACAUAUUGUUUUUGUGUCAUUUCCGCAGAUUGACAUUUUUCUCGGAAACUCCAGCAAUGCAAAGCAUUCGCUUCGGAACUACCUAUUUUUCUGUUCACCGGGCAGUGACGUACCGAGGAAAUUUGGCGCGCGAGACAAAAUAAGAGAUUUGCCGCCUCCAUCGUUGGUUUAGUGAGCGAAAAAAACAAAGCUGAACUCCAUCUCUGGAAAGAUGAAUUGGGCGAGCAAAACAAAGGUCCCAAAGAUUACUUUGCCGCCCCCCUAAAAUUGCUGCGCCCAAAAUAAGUUCAAUUUAUACUGAAAAAUAAGUUCAAAUUUAUACUGAAAAAAAAUCGAUCCUAAAAAUUUAAAGUCAAAUUACAAAAAACGAAAUUGAAAAUUACAUUUUCAAUUUGAAUUAAA